AGCAGAAACAUGUUGGCGCUGGUGAUAAGUUUGAUCUCCUUGAUUCCAGCUAAUGGAGCUGCUCAUGGAGCUGAUGUGAGCAUUUCACCUGGAAACGGUUUUAAACAUCGAGUCGGAGUAGAUUUCAACUUGAGUUGUAAAUUCACAUUUUUAUCCUCCAUGCAUUUUGCACAGAUGUGGAAAGAAGGUGAAAGUAAGAAGUGUCUCAUCAACAUGACCUCCUCUCAGCCCAAUGUGACUGUGGUUCUGCACAUCACGUCUGCAAAAAUAGCAGACACUGGGAAUUACAGCUGUAGCACUCAUCCAGAUUAUAAAACAGUUGAUGCAAUUAGUCCUCUAGUCUACAUUCAGAUAAUAGGGUCACAGGCAGCGUUUCAGCCCAUCUCAACUGUCAGUGUUCAAGAAACACCAUCUGACUAUGAAGAGUCACCAGGCCAUCACAGGCAAGGCAGCCAGUCAACGCCAUCCACCCCGACCACAGUGAGCAACCAGAAGCUUUGCAGCACAGACCUACAUAACAGUAAACCAGAUCUCUAUAUUUCUAUUGAAGAAGGGAGUCGGACCACAGGAGUUGCUGGUUGUUCUUUAAUGCAGGUUGUGGCAGAGGCCUGCACAGAUAGAAAUAAAAAUCCCUUUAACAUGCAGCUCUUCCAUUCACAGGAGUUGGAAUUCCCCUAG